UGGGGGUGUGUCUUUAUUUCCUCUGCCGUGCAGACACCUCACAUUUCAGAAUUUUCUGAUUUCCUGAACGCACCUUGAUGCACACACACACAAACACAAACACACCCACAAACUCCAGCCACCUGACGCUACAGAUGAUGCUGUAAGAGGCAGGCGGGAUACCAAAGAAACAUCAGAGAGCAACUGAGGACAGAAGGAGACGAGUUGGGACACUUUUUUGGGUUCAUGAAAGACAGAUGAACAGGAACAUGGGAAUGAUGGAUGAACGUGCAGACCAGAGUGAAGAGGACAAGUCUUCCUCCAUAGGAUCCACUCAUUUUUAAAGAAGAAUAUUCACACACAAGCAUAAAAAGACUGCAGAUGCUUUUGAGAAGAAUCAGGAGGAUGAAUAGCCUUUGCUUCAAAGGACUGUGGAGAUGGAGACUUCGGUCUCUUCUCUUCAUCUGUUUGCUGCUGCUGGCAGCUGCUCCACCUUCAGCCCUUGGCUAUUUCCUGGGAGACACUAAGGCAGUAUUAAAUGGCUGCAAAGACCACUGGACCCUGCAGGACAGGGCCGCCAUGCCGCAGCUUUACCAGAUGACCGUAUGUGUGGACGUUCGUGUGGUUGUUCCAGGACACUGGGUUGCCUUCUCUUACAGCUCGGUCCACGCACCCUGGCCUGAGUUUGGUCUGGAGGGAGACGAGCACGCAAUAUAUGUGCGAUUUCUAAGAGUCCGACACCAAUUUCCUCUGCAGCUCUCCCUGUUCUAUUGGCACCAGGUGUGUCUGAGGAGAGACGUACUGGGCAACACUUUCAGCCUGGAGGUUGAUGGGAAAAUGGUGUCAACGAGGACGGUCAUUGCUAACGCCAUCCCUCCCUACGGCUCCCUGUGGCUGGGCUGUCGUCCCAGAGAGCAACCCCCAACGGGCAAACUCGGACAGGUGGAGCUGUACUUGUUCCGCAUGUGGCCAGACCUGGGUUACCAUUGGUUCUGUGAGGAUGGCACUGUGAUUGGCUGGGAGUCCCAUUAUUGGGGGGUGACCAGUCACAAAGCUAUCCAGAGAGACCCCUACCUCCUCUGUGCCUUGAAAUGGUGGAGACGUCGGAUUCGUGUUUACAGGAAUACUAAUGAUGCUACUACACGUGGAUUGAGACGGUCGUUGCUGCCUUCACCUGACAUUCCAUCUUUAAUCCCGUCCUCUAACACCAGUCCGGCCAAUCACAUCUCAGCAAGCACCCAGACAUCACCAACCACAACUCUGCCUGCACAAAUCACAUCUGGAACAUCAUUCUCAUCAGCAUCUCCACUGUCAGGCUGUAACGUCAGCCAACUCUGCUCCAAUACAAGUGCUUACUACUGGAUGCCCAUAAAUGUGGAGGCCGAAGACGGCAACAAGACUGAACAAGAUGUCCGCAAUUUGGUGUCAGAAGCGUUUGUUUGUCACACUGACGGCGGUGAUGCAGCACAAGCGGUAACAAGCUUUAUGGAUUUCUGUCAGGGUGACAGACAACUUCAGGUAGCAGAGGUGUCCUGCAGUGCAAAAAUCAAUAUAAGCCAGACAAGCUGCGAUGUGCUGUUGCUGCUCAGUCAUGCUGUCUCAGCGUGUGAUCUGCAGCGAGCCGGAGUCUCUGCACUGCAGCAAGCUGGAGAACGAAUGCGAGCGAGAAUCAUCGGGGAGGUGGAGAGAGUCGGUAGGAACCUGUGUGAGGAUGUGGAUCCCUCUAGUGGCGGGUUUGUGAGAUGCACGUCCACGUCUCCUCUGGAUGAUAUCUGUCAGUCAAACAAGUCCUCCACGCUGACAUGCUCCCUCUUAGAGCCAAACUCCCAGCGAGCUCCGCUAACCAGCACAGACUCCUGCAGCAGUGGAGCACCUCGCCUCUGUGAUUGCACCGCUUUCUGUAAUUCUACAGGCCACUUUUACGGUUUAAGAAUCAACAUGAACAGUGAUGCUAUUAAUAUUACCUCCAUCAGAAGCUUGUUUUUAUACUCUGCAAACAAUUCGUGUGACUCACCGUCACAAUGCACGGCUUAUUCAGAUAUAUUGCAGCGCUACCAGGGUAUUCAUCUGGAAUGUCAGGAAACACCGCAGAGGUUGUACAACUGCAUGCUGAUACUGGAGAUGUCUGGACCCGUCAAUGGUUGCUCCCUGAAUCAACUUGUGCAACAGAAAAUUAACGAAACCAGAUCUGUGACAAGCGAAGGCCCCCUCUCUCGCCUGAUGGUGUGCGGUCCUGCUGGUUUGUCUGUUCGUUCUUGGUUGGCGUCCAACCUGACUUGGGUCACCGGUGACCUGCCGACCUACGAUUUUUGCCAACCCGAUCCCACGCAGCUACAGUGUGAGGCAAAUGAGACCUUUGCUGUUCUUCUGACUGACAGCUGCCCUUCUGAGCCUUCCACAGCAAAUCCAAACACAGCACAACCUUCUACACUGACCAGCAACAUCACGACAGAUCCUACAUCUACACAACCAUCUGUGACCACUGAACAAACUUACUCAAUAUCUGAAAAUGCAACAGCGCUGCCAAAUACAACAGCUGCACAUGCAACAAUAAGCAGUACACAGUCUUCGACAACACAACCUGCCACCCAAAUAAUCUCGCAAAACAUGACUUUGACCAUCUCUAACAACACAACUGUACAAAACAGAACUGAUAACACAACAGUGGCGACACCCACUGAAAGCACCACUACUACUGGUGGCAACCUGAUAUUACAAAACACUACAACUGCUCUGAGUAAUUCAACACUGUCUCCCAGUCACGCAACAGCUGAUACAACCACACCUUCUGUCACUCAAACAACAGAGUACAGUGCAACUACAGUUACACCUUCUAUCAAUAACACAACACACAAUGCAACUGCAACUGAAGCUAUUAGACCCAAUAACACAACAUACACUGCAGCUACAGUUACAGUUUCUCACAAUGACACAACACACAAUGUUGCUACAGUUACACCGUCUCCUACUAACACAUCAACACACAAUGUAACUACAGCUGAAGCAAGUGGAGCCAAUGACACAACAAUACACAAUGAAACUACAGUUACAAAUUCUCCUAAUGACACAACAACACACAAUGUAGGAACAGCUACAGCUACGCGUUCUACCAAUAACACAACAACACACGAUGCAACUACAGUUACAACUUCUCACAAUAGCACAACACACAGUGCAACUACAGUUACAACUUCUCCUAAUACCACAACAAUAUACAAUGUAACUAAAGCUGAAGCAAUUAGAUCCAAUAAUACAACAACAUACAAUGCAACUACAGUUACAACUUCUACCAACAACACAACACACAAUGCAACUACAGUUACAACUCCUCACAAUGGCACAACAACACACAAUGCAACUGCAGCUGCAACUUCUCCAAAUGACGCAACAACACACAAUGUAACUACAGCCACACCUUCUCCCAAUAAGACAACACACAAUGUUGGUACAGCAACAUCUUCUGUCCAAAACAAAACAGCACACAGUGUAACUACAGCUGAAGCAAUUAGACCCAAUAACACAACAACACACAAUGCAACUACAGCUGAAGCAAUUAGACCCAAUAACACAACAACACACAAUGCAACUACAGCUGAAGCAAUUAGACACAAUAACACAACAACACACAAUGCAACUACAGCUGAAGCAAUUAGACCCAAUAACACAACAACACACAAUGCAACUACAGCUGAAGCAACUAGACCCAAUAACACAACAACACACAAUGCAACUGCAGCUGCAACUUCUCCAAAUGACGCAACAACACACAAUGUAACUACAGCCACACCUUCUCCCAAUAAGACAACACACAAUGUUGGUACAGCAACAUCUUCUGUCCAAAACAAAACAGCACACAGUGUAACUACAGCUGAAGCAAUUAGACCCAAUAACACAACAACACACAAUGCAACUACAGCUGAAGCAAUUAGACACAAUAACACAACAACACACAAUGCAACUACAGCUGAAGCAAUUAGACACAAUAACACAACACACAAUGCAACUACAGCUGAAGCAAUUAGACCCAAUAACACAACAACACACAAUGCAACUACAGCUGAAGCAACUAGACCCAAUAACACAACAACACACAAUGCAACUACAGCUGAAGCAAUUAGACACAAUAACACAACACACAAUGCAACUACAACUGCAACUUCUCCAAAUGACACAACAACACACAAUGCAACUACAGUCGCAACUUCUCCUAAUGACACAACAGCACACAAUGUAUCUACAGCUGAAGCCAUUAGACCCAAUAACACAACAACACACAAUGUAACUACAGUCACACCUUCCCUCAAUAACACAACACACAAUGUUGGUACAGCUACACUUUCUACCAAUGACCCAACAACAUACAGUAUAACUACAGCUACACCUUCUCCUAAUGACACAACUCAUAAUGUGGCUAUAGUUACAACUUCUACCAACAACACAACAACACACAAUGUAACUUUAUCUGAAGCAAUUAGACCCAAUAACACAACGACAUACAAAGCAACUACAGUUGCAACUUCUAUCAACAACAUGACAACACACAGUGUCACUACAGCCAAUGUAUUUCCACUCAGUGACACAACAACACACAGUGUUGGUACAGCUACUCCUGUCAAUAGCACAACAACACACAAUGCAGCUACAUCUGCAACUUUUCCUAAUGACACAACAACACACAAUGUAACUACAGUUGCACUUUCUAACAAUGACAAAGCCCACAAUGUAACUACGGUUACACCUUCUCCUAAUAACACAACAGCACACAAUGUAGCUACAGUAACACUUUCUAACAAUGACACAACAACACACAAUGUAACUAUAGCCAAGAAAUUUACACCCAUUGACACAACACACAAUGUAGGUACAGCUACACCUUCUCCCAAUAGCACAACAUACAAUAUAACUACAGUUACACCUUCUAACAAUGACACAACACACAAUGUAACUACAGCCAAUGUGUUCACACCUACUGACACAACAGUACACAAUGCAACUACAGUUUCAAGUUCUCACAAUGACACAACAACACACAAUGUAGCUACAGCCACACCUUUUCCCAAUAGCACAGCGCACAAUGUUGGUACAGCUACACCUUCUAUCAAUAACACAACAACAUACAGUGCAACUACAGUUACAACUUCUCACACUAGCACAACAACACACAGUGUAACUACAGCCACACUGUCUGGUACAACAGAGUACAAUGUAACUACAGUUAGACCGUCUUCCAAUGAUUCAACAAGACAAAAUAUAAUAACAGCUGCACCUUCUCCUAAUGACACAACACAGAAUGUAACAACAACUACACAUUUAUCCAAUGAAACAACAACAUACAAUUUAACCACAGCUACACCCUUUCCCAGUGUCACAACAGAAUAUAAUGUAACUACACCUGGAGGAUUUACAUCUUCACCCAGUCACACAGUUGUUCACAAUGUAACUUCACCUGCCAACAAUCAUACAACAGCCACUAACAAUUACACAGCUGUGCACAAUGUAACUGUCGAAAACAGAAACAGGACACUACACAACAGUUCAAUCACAAGUAACACAACAGUUAGUACAGAUACAACCUCUCCAGCUACACCAGGCAACAAUUACACCACACUGCAUAUUUCAACGGCACCUGACAACAAUCAUACAACAACAAACAAUCUAACUACACUUCACAACAAUUUUACAACAAACAAUGCAACGACACCCAGCAACAAUUUUAUUACAACUUACAACGUAACUGCAACCACACCUUCUACCACUGACACAACAACACAGAAUGUAACUACAGCUACACAUUUAUCCAAUGAAACAACAACAUACAAUGUAACCACAGCUACACCCUCUUCCAGUGACACAACAAAAUACAAUGUAACUACACCCAGUGGAUUUACACCUUCACCUGAUCCCACUUCACCUGCCAACAAUCAUACAGCAGCCACUAACAAUGACACAACAGUGCACAAUGUAACUGCAGAAAACAGAAACAGGACACUACACAACAGUUCAGUCACAAGUAACACAACAGUGAGUACAGAUACAACCUCUCCAACUACACCAGGCAACAAUUACACAACAAUGCAUAUUUCAACGACACCUGACAACAAUCAUAAAACAACAAACAAUGCAACUACAUCUAGCAACAAUCUUGCAACAACAUACAGUUCAACUACACUUAGCAACAAUUUUACAACAACAAACAAUGCAACGACACCCAGCAACAAUUUUAUUACAACAUACAAUGUAACUACAACCACACCUUCUCCCACUCUCACACCUGCCAACAAUCAUACAACAGCCACUAUCAAUUACACAACUGUGCACAAUGUAACUGCAGAAAACAGAAACAGGACACUACACAACAGUUCAGUCACAAGUAACACAACAGUGAGUACAGAUACAACCUCUCCAACUACACCAGGCAAUAUUUCAAUGACACCUGACAACAAUUAUACAACAAUAAACAAUGCAACUACACCUGGCAACAAUCUUGCAACAACAUACAGUUCAACUACACCUAGCAACAAUUUUACAACUAACAAUGCAAUAACACCUAGCAAUGAUGUUACAUCAACACACAAUGCAACUACACCCAGCAACAAUAACACAACAUACAACUCAACUACACCUGGCAACAAUCUUGCAACAACAUACAGUUCAACUACACCCAAAAGCAAUUUUACAGCAACUAACAUUGCAACUACACCUAGCAACAAUUUUACAACUAACAAUGCAACAACACCCAGCAACGAUGUCACAACACACAAUGCAACUACACCCAGCAACAAUAAUACAACAUACUAUUCAACUACACCUAGCAGCAAUCUUACCACAACAAACAAUGCAACGACACCUAGCAAUGAGACAACACACAUUGCAACUACACCCAGCAACAAUUACACAACAACAUACAAUUUAACUACACCUAGAAACAAUCUUACCACAACAUACAAUGCAACAACACCUAGCAACAAUUACACAACAACAAACAAUGCAAUUACACCUAGCAACAAUCUUACCACAGCAUACAAUGCAACGACACUCAGCAAAGAUUUUACAACAACAUACAAUGCAACGACACCUGGCAACAAUCUUACAACAAUAUACAAUACAUCGACACCUAGCAACAAUCUUACCACAACAUACAAUGCAAUAACACCUAGCAACAAUUACACAGCAACAAACAAUGCAACUACACCUAGCAGCAAUUUUACAACACAGAAUGCAACUACACCUAGCAGAAAUUUUACAACACAGAAUGCAACUACACCUAGCAACAAUUACACAACAACAAACAAUGCAACUACACCUAGCAACAAUCUUACAACAACAUACAAUGCAACAACACCUAGCAACAAUUACACAACAACAAACAAUGCAACUACCCCUAUCAGCAAUUUUACAACAACACACAAUUCAACAACACCUAGCAACAAUUACACAACAGAGAAUGCAACUACACCUAGCAACAAUCUUACAACAUACAAUGCAACUACACCCAGCAACAAUCACACAACAGUGCACAAUGCAACUACACCCAGCAAGAAUCGGACAACUACAGCUCCUAAUAACAACACUACAGUGUCAAGCACUACUUCACAAAUCAGUGAAACAACAGCAGCUCCACUGAACAACCAGACUACAAAUCACACCACUGCGGGUGUGACUGAUGCCACAACAGUGGACAGAAAUGACAACAGCCCUACCACAGCUUCCACCACCACCACCCAAGCAACCCAAGGACCAGAGAGCAAUUUAACAACAACAGCAAAUGCAUCCCUUGUUGACACUACAAAUGCAGCUACAACCACCAGAACAACGACGGCCGGUCCAGCCCAGAUAGACAGCACUACUACUCUCCCAACCACUGCUCUCACCAGCACAACCACAACCACCACAGUAACUGAGGCUAGUUCCACAACCAUCCCAGAGACAACCAUAAGCGAACAACAACAACAACAAGAGGAAGAAGCAAACCAGCUGUUGGAUCAAACACAGGAUGCGUCUCAGCUCAACUCCUCUGAGAUUGCACAGUUGGUGGAUAAUUUGGAGAAACUUCUGGACAGCCCCUCUGUCUCUAAGUCAGUGGGACAAAAGGCCCUGGACGCCAUCAACAACCUGUUGGACGGCGACUCAACAGCGCUGUCUGCAUCUUCUAACAGGCUGAUUCAAGCAGUGGAUAAUCUGGGUCUUAAGCUGGUUGUCACCGGUGACUCAGAGACCCUCUCCACAAAUUCACUGGUUCUGGCUGUCAGGACGACGGAUGGGACCAACUUUGCAGCGACCUCCGCUAACAUUUUCAGCACCGAUAAUGUCCAGCUCAGUGCCCUCAGCAGGUCCCAGUUUAAGAGGUCAGAGUCUCCUCUUGGGUCUGUAUUUUUACCUUCUUCGCUCACAUCCGGUCUCAGUCCUGAGCAGCAGCAGCAGGCCAGCAGAGUCCAGUUCACUUUCUACACGAGAAGUUCAUUCUUCCAGGAUGCAGCUUUAGACAACCAAACCAUUGUCAGUGCAGUUCUGGGCUCCAGUGUGGCCAAUCUGUCCAUCAGCAACCUCACCGAAAACAUGGAGUUUACCAUCCGAAACAUCAACCCGGUGCCUGGGAACUACGUGGCUUCCUGUGCAUUUUGGGACUUCAGUAUGAAUGGUGGUGGAGGAGGCUGGAGCUCUGCCGGCUGCUUUGUUGUCAGCGCCACACCUGUAGACACAACCUGCAGCUGCAACCAUCUCACAGCCUUUGCCAUAUUGCUGGAUUUGUCCAGAGAGGGAAUAAUUGAUCGGCAACAUGUACAAAUUCUUACCUUCAUCACCUACAUCGGCUGUGGAAUCUCUGCCAUCUUUCUUUCUGUCACUUUACUGACAUAUCUUUCAUUUGAUAAACUUCUGAGAGAUAUUCCAUCCAAGAUCCUGGUCCAGCUCUGCCUGUCCCUCCUCUUCCUCAACCUGGUCUUCUUGCUGGACGGCUGGCUGGCGCUCUACCCAGCUGUCGGGUUGUGCAUCAGCACCGCCUUCUUCCUGCACUACUUCCUGCUGACAUCAUUCACUUGGGCGGGGCUUGAGGCCCUGCACAUGUACCUGAGCAUCGUGCGAGUGUUCACGCCAUACGUGGGAAAUUACAUGCUGAAGUUCUCCCUGAUGGGCUGGGGUAUUCCUCUGAUUGUGGUGAUUAUUGUGAUAUCAGUGGACAAAAACAACUAUGGUCUGGUUACAUAUGGAAAAUACACAGAUGGCACUUCAGAUGACUUCUGCUGGCUGCGUAACGACAUCGCCUUCUACGUUGGCGUGGUGGCCUACUUCCUGCUGAUCUUCACGCUGUGCCUGCUGGUCUUCGUCGUCGUCAUGGUCCAGCUGCAUCGGAUCAAGAAGCAGAACCCUCAGAACCAGUCCCCCAGCCGAGGCGGGGUGAACGACAUCCGCAGGAUCGCCGGCCUCGUCAUCUUACUCGGCCUCACCUGGGGCUUCGCUCUGUUCGCCUGGGGGCCCCUCUACUUACCCUUCGUUUACCUCUUCUCCAUAUUCAACUCUCUGCAAGGUCUGUUUGUCUUCGUUUUCCACUGUGCUGUGAAGGAAAAUGUCCGCCGGCAAUGGAGAACAUAUCUUUGCUGUGGAAAACUGAAACUGGCUGAAAACUCAGAAUGGAGUCGAACCGCCACCGCCAACAACAGGACUCUGUCGGUCACCACAGCAACCACCUCGGCUCUCAACUUCACCUCUCGGAGCUCCUCCAUCAUCAGCAAUGCCACCAACAGCAGCGGUUCUGUGUUUGCAGACAGCGGAAUAUCUGAUGGCUCCUACAGCGAUGUCGUCCUCAACGAGAUUCACAGGCGAAAUCUGUCAGUGCAAGGCGAGGCCUGAGUGUGAUUACAGUAAUUAUCUACUCGGAGAGAGCCGGACGGAGAUCAGUGAUCUCCUGCAGAUGGAGUAAACAGAGAAACUAAUCGCAGGAGUGGAGGCGCCCAAGAAAUCUGUAGUGUUACACAAGAUGAAGGUUUUAAAGGUGCAGUGAAGGACAAAAGUCAAGACAGGAAGUCAAGGAGCAUCUAGACUGAAGUCAGUGUGACUUGAUAUAAUUUCUACACUGACAGUAGGAAUCAUGAAGGAGACUUAUUAGCAGAGUGAAGAGUGUUUCUGACUGAAAAAUGUAAUCAUUUCACUGUGUAACUCAGCGUUUCUGCAGACUUUAAAGCUUGUUUCAAAGCUACUACUGCAACUAAAUAUAACAUUAUUUUUACUCUGCUAUCGAGAGAAAACCGCAUUUAUUAGUAGCCUAGAACAGACAGCACUCUAUAGAUUAUAAGGCUUUUUUGCUGCCUUUAGAUAUAUUUUUUAACAUGCAGUGGUGGAAAAAAGUUUUCGGACACCCUUAAAAUUUUACACAAUCUCAAAUACUAUCAUAAAAUAUUUGACCAACACCAGCAGCACUCAUGCAUCACCAAACCAUGAUACUGCCUCCACCAUGCUUGUCAGUAGGUACUGUCCAUGCUGGAGAUAAUACUUCUCCUGGCCUUCUGCAUACACUCACAUUAGCAGCAGGAAGAUAAACCUGGAAACUGGACUCAUCUGACCACAGAAUCUUCUUCCAGUUCCUGGCUGUCCAGUUCUUGUGUGCUUGUGGACUAACCUCUGUCUCUUAUUGAUCAGGGGCUUCUUGACAGCCUAGUAGGACCUUCAGCCAUGAUCUAAAAGUCGGACAUGUACAGUGCAGGUGGAACACUGGACACCAGUUUGGUUUGACCACUGCUGCUGAAGCUCCUGUGAUGUCAUUCAGCGGUUUCCCUGCACUUGCAGAUCAUAAUGCAGUUAUUUCUUGCUGAAGAAACCCUUGGACGCCCAGAUCUUGCUUUGUCUUCCAAGCUGUUGGUUGAUCUGUAUUUCUUCAGAGUGAAUCCAACAGCUGAAGGACUGCAUCUGCACUUCCUGGUUAUCUGGCAGCAGCUGUACGUUUCCUGGCUGAGAAUCUGUAUCUUCAUGCAUGUUUCCUCCGUUAGGUUGCUUGUUUUUGUCUCUGAAGAAUUUUCAAAUGUGCUGGCUUUCUAUAGACAUGAAGCACAGCAGCAAAAAUUGCACGAAAUUCAUUAGUGGAUCACUGGUACCAUAAUGACCCAACACGCAAAAUGUCUCAUGUAUUUUUAUGGAACCAACCAAUUUUAAGUUUUUAAUGGCUUUUUAAGGAUUUGUUUUGUAUUUUGGUUGUGAUUGUACUAAAAGAAAAUGCACUUGAAGCCCAAAGAGUAAUUUUUAAUGCGAUUUUUCAUCAAUGCAUGGGGUGUCUGAAAACUUUUUUCUUCCACUGUACAAGGAAAAAAUGAAGAUAUUUCCAGUGUUUUUACAAUCCUGCACUAAAUGCGCAGAUAUACUCAACUUUUUACUCACACAAACACACUAAGAUCAUUCAUCACUAAUUUAUAUGCAUCUGUGAGAGUAUUUAAAGGUUCAGUUCUCCUUUUAAUGUGAGAUGCUGUUUUUAUCCAGUGUUUAUGUGUGAGGCUUAGAGGACAUCAGAGUUUUUGUUUUUUUAUGAUAAACUGACAUGAAGUCUGGUCAUGUGGCGAAAUGGAGCACAGCUUAAUUUAAAAUUGAUCUCCUGCCUUUUUUAAUGAGGACAGAUUCUUGCUAAAUGUCCUUGUGCGAGAGCAUGAAAGAGAAGAUAAUAAAAUUUCAACUCAC